GGGUGUAGUCCGAAUUCCCGCUCAGUAGAUAAAAGGAAGGGGGGGUUACCUCGCCUCAUCGACAAACGCCGAAGCAUGCAGCAGCUUCAAGCCCGCCUGCUAAAGUCUCUUUCCGUUUCUUCUUCACCGGCCGCCUCAACAAUCCAAGAAAUCGCUUCCGCUCGCCCCAAAGGUUUAUCCAAGGUUGUGCUGAAAAAGGGGAAGACACAGCUCUUUAAAGAUGGGAGUCCGAUGGUGUACAGUGGAGCUGUUGAUAGAAUAAUUGGAAGGCCACCGCCAAAAACUGGAGAUGUUGUCCUGGUAGCCGAUGGGGCUGAGAAACCUAUAGGGUGGGGUUUGUAUAACUCAGUUUCCAUGUUCUCUGUCAGAUUGAUGCAGCUGGAAGAGGAGGCAGCUAGAGAUCCUUCGUGCACAUUAGAUAUGCAGAAACUGAUUGAAACUAGGAUACAUACUGCUAGAGAAUUAAGAAAGAGCUUGGGACUUCCGUCGGCCAGUACGAAUGCAUACCGUCUCGUUAAUAGUGAAGGAGAUAGAUUGUCAGGACUAAUCAUUGACGUCUUUGGAGAUUUAGCAGUUGUGGCAUCAUCGGCUGCUUGGGUGGAGAAGUACAAAGCUGAAAUCGAGGACUGUGUUCGUGGAAUUGAUGAAAUCAAUCAUGUGAAAUGGAGACCAUCAGUGGAAAUUCUGAAAGAAGAAGGGAUAGAUGUGUCUGAAUUGAAGGAUACAAAUCCGUCUAUUUAUCCUGAAAGAACAAAGGUAACGGAGAAUGGAAUUUUCUAUGCCAUUUCACUUGAAGGCCAGAAAACAGGGUUUUAUGCUGAUCAGCGUGAAAAUCGUCAUUUUAUCUCAACAAUUUCUGAGGGUCAAAAAGUUCUUGACCUCUGCUGCUACAGUGGUGGGUUUUCUCUUAAUGCAGCACGUGGUGGAGCUAUUAAUGUCACCGGUAUUGAUUCAUCACUGCCUGCUCUGGAGCUAGCAAAAGAAAAUGUAAUCCUUAAUAGUAUGGAUCCUGACAGAAUAUCAUUUUUGAAAGCUGAUGCCACGACAUUCAUGAAGGAUGCUCUAUCUAGGAAUGAAUCUUGGGAUAUAGUCAUUUUGGAUCCUCCCAAACUAGCUCCACGAAAAAAGGUUCUACAAACUGCAUCAGGCAUGUACAGGACUUUGAAUUCCUUAGCAAUGCAACUCACAAAGAAAGGUGGUCUUCUCAUGACUUGUUCAUGCUCUGGAGCAAUGACUCAGAGUGGGAUGUUCCUGCAAACACUCCAGGGUGCAGCAUCAAUGGCCAAAAAGAAAAUCACGGUCCUACGACAAGCAGGAGCAGCAUGUGAUCACCCCAUUGACCCUACUUACCCAGAGGGUGCAUAUCUUUCUAAUAUCCUUCUACGUGUGCUCUAAACUUUAUGAAGUUAUAAAUGUAUCUACCAUUGAUCAAAAGAGACAAGCCAUUUAACACAAGGAGAUGAGAUACUGCAUUUGAAGUUA